AUGAGGACAAAGGUCGUACUAAGACAAUGUUGGGCAAAGUUGUAUGACUUCUUGUAUAACUUUGUAUCGACACUGGCCAACUGUUUUGGUAUGCUCUGUUGUUGGUGUGAUUGUUGUGCAAGACUUGGUAGAAGAGGUAGACGUUAUAGUAGUCUAUCACCACAUUCAUCAAAUGGAGGUGGAGGACCAGGAGGACCAGGCGGCGAAGAAUCAAUGACAAGAAUAAGACUGGGAUUCAGAGGCAAGGACAUGUGGGUGGAGACACGAGGUCUAAACUUCCAUCAAACAUUCGGUCGAUAUGCAGUGCUGAUGGAUAGCAAGGAUAGGAUCAUCCCGUUUAGCAAGAAUGGCGAGUUGAUUGAGGAGCUCGACCCAGACAUGACAUACAAGAUCGUAGCCAAUAGAUAUGGCGAGGCGGGCGAGGACAGGUGGAAGAAGCAUAAAGAGAACGAGAAGGUCAAGGCCAAGAAACAGAAGCAACAACUCAAAGUGACCAAGCCUCCUUCAUCAUUGUUAUUGGAUGGUAAUCUACAUGGGAACAUCGUACAAGAACAGCCACUCAUUCAAAUAGUCGAUGAACAUCAUCAAGUGGAAGUGGAUCUGGUCGAUGAAGAUGGUGAAGGACUACUGGACACAUCAACGCUGGAUCAUUUUACAAUCGAUAUACCAAACAACAACAACAAUGAACACAAAGAUGACCACGAAGAUAGCUACCAGGCCUCGUCAACAAUCAAUCACACAAACACCUAA